AUGACAUCCUCAAUCGCUUCAUUAAAAUAUACCAUGGAACAACUCAAUCGAUACCUGGCACUUGCUAUUUUUAUUUUCGGCUCGGUGGGAAAUAUUCUCAAUUGUCUUGUUCUAUCACAAAGAAAGCUGCGUUCACAUCCGUGUGCAGCUAUAUUUUUGGCUUCAUCUUUUCUUAGUCUUAUCUGCAUUCUAAUUGGUGUGCCACCUCGUAUGUUGACUGGUUGGAAUGUUGAUCCAACAAAUACAAUUCACAUCGUAUGUAAACUUUAUGCUUUUAUUGUAUUCAGUACUCGAACAAUGGCGAUAUGGUUGAUCACAUUAGCUACCAUAGAUCGAUGGUUGAUAUCGUCCACUCAAGCUUAUCGUCGACGAAUGAGCAAUAUGGAAAAUGUAAAACGAGCAAUAUUUAUCAUUGUGACCCUAUCAAGUAUUUCUUAUUGUUAUAUACUUUAUUGUUUUGCAGCUAAUAUAAUAGAUGCGCCAAUGAGCUGUUAUGGAAAAACUGGAACAUGUCGUUUAGUUACCGAUUUGAUGUAUACAUUUGUAACUACAGUGAUACCACUCAUUCUAAUGAUUAUAUUCGGCGUAUUAACUGUUUCAAAUGUACGCAAUAUGUGCAGUCGCGUUCGUGUACACUAUACGGUUGCUGCAGUAGCACGAAUUCCAUCGACCGUGAGAAUAGCAAAAUUAAAAACAAUCGAUCAUAAAUUACUUCGCAUGCUUAUCAUACAAAUACUUCUUCUAAUUGUAUUAUGCAUUCCACAACCAAUUCAAGAGCUUUUUAUUACGCUGAAACCACCCGGGUCUGGUUCAGAGUAUGAUGAUGCUUUAAACACAUUUUUAUACAACAUUGAAUUGCUUAUUGCGUUCAUUGCAAAUGGUAUUCCUUUUUAUAUCUAUACAUUAGCUGGUGGCAAGAUUUUUCGAACAACUUUUCUAGAUACGAUGAAAAGCGCUGCUGAAAAAAUAAUAUGUGAAUAG